AAUUGGAAAGAAAUAUUAUUUUGGAAAAAGAUCAGGUCUUUGAAAAAUCUUCGGUUUCCAACACAUCCACGUGGAUAUUUGUGAGACUAAGUUUGCCAAGAAUGUUGUAGAGGAAGAGGUUGCAAUUAUGAAUUUAUGAUAACGGGUCCGUUUGAUUUCGCCGUUUAUCCCUAGCGAGAAAAGGGGAAUUACCAUAUUAUGGAACAAGAAACUUCGCAAGAUCUGGGAAAAUACUUUGGCGAUGCACCCGAGGGGGAAACUUUUUUCGACCAGCUUUCUUCGACUGGAAAUCUAGAUAUGAUGACAAACGUGCAAUCCAGCCCGCAGCAAGAGUUAUUCAGCAACAGCAGGAGACCUGACCCUCUCUCCGACAAAAUCGGUAAAUUAGAAUUGUCAGAAAAAGAACCUGAGCCGUCAGUAUGUAAAAUAUUCUCGGAAACGCCCACCGUCGAUAGCAGUGAUAAGAAUUUCUUUGACAUAUUAAGCCCUAGUCAUAUAGAUUCUCCAGACGGGGAUCCGUCCCUCAUCGGUUCUUCUUUGAUAAAUUUCGACACGAACAACGAAGGUCCUUACCCAUCUCCACUGCAAGGGUUCGAAGAAUCUUUCGACGUUUUGACCGGCCCGGAGACAUACAGGACGAAAGAGGCUUGGAUCCCUUCGGAAGUUACAAGAAAAGCACUUAUCGUAGCUGCGACGUCCUCACCGGGUUCGUAUCACCCUGACAAGCAGCUGCUGACGAUGCCCAGUGUCCUCUUAAGAGAAGAGCUCGUGUGUGAAUUGACUCAGCUUAUCCGACAAGUAUUCGGUGACGAAGAAGCGAGCAAAAGGAACAUACAGACCGUCAACGAUGUGCCGCAGGAUGAGAAAGGUCUAAGGGAAUUGAUACAAAAUCAUUGCUUUAGAGCUGCUGUCAACUUAACCAGCAAAUUGCUUUCGUCACGCGGUCAAGGUUUGAAUAGGCAGAACCAGCCAACAAAACACACUCCUUAUUCUAUUCAGCUCUGGUUCACUCGAUUCUGCCUUUUGGUAAAACUGCAUUAUUUUAAAAUUGCUUUUGAUGAGUCAAAUGUGUGGUGGAACUUGGAUAGACCAGAUCUCUACUACCAAUUUUACCCUGAGCUGUAUGGUGGCAAAUUAGGGACUAUGGUGCCUUUUCAGAUGAGGUUACUAAUCGCCACGAUUCCGGCUUAUGUGUCACAAUACUCCAUGGCGUUAGACAGACUUUAUUUUGUUUUGGCCGCUGUGAAACAAAUGUUAAGCAAUCUGGAAGCGGGCAAGACCGAAGAGGGCAGUCUGAUCGAACUGAGUCAAAAAGAAAGGGAAAUAGCCGAAAAAGUAUGGCGCUCCAGAGAAGCGAGAGUACAACACGCAAUAAUUAAUGUAGCUUUAAUGUCAAAACAUUACAUCCUCGCUAUCGAGGUCUUACAACUUGUAAUUAAAAAAAACAGUUCGAGAAAUCAAAAAAGGGCAUUGCAUUCAGCUCUAGGUAGGAUAUUCCUCCAAUUAGGCGAUUUGAAAAACGCUGAAAAAUGCUUCGCUGAAGCCAAACAGUUAAAGCGACAACAGCAAGGCACCCUCAGCGCUGACACAGCCGAUUUGAGGGAACUCGUUGACAAAGGGCUUUUCUUCGUGGCCGAGAUGAAUCAUAGCCAGGCUUUUGAAUGUUUUCAAAAAGCUUUAAUGCUAGACCCUUAUAACAUAAUGGUUGUAAACAAUAUGGCAUUCUGCCUCUUGUACAUGGGAAAACUGAAAAAAGCAGUCGAGAUCCUUGUAUCGGUGAUCAAAUCUAAUCCGACAGCGGCUCUCCACGAAGCUCUCCUGCUCAACGUCUGUACUCUCUUCGAACUGGAAAGUUCCAAUAUUACACAAAAGCAGGCGCUACUUAAAGAAAUUGCUAAAUAUAAAGGAGAUGGACUUAAAUUAGACUGUUUAAAAGCAAUUAUGAAACAGCGAUGAAUACGUUUUAUAAUGUUUUGAAACCAAUUUUUUUUGUUAUGCCUAAAAAUUUGUUAUAUGUAUUUAAAUUUGUACAUAAUUG